GAGGAAGGGGAGGCUGACUGGGACGUGCACUUGUUGGUCUAUUUGUCUUUUGUUUGUAUGUGUCACAUUCAAAACCCCUUGGUGUAAAGUGUGUUCAGCUCUCUUCUUCCCAGGUGAGUAGUAUUCUCAUGGCUCUCUCCAGUCUCUUGAAAAUUUCUCUGUUUGAGUUCAUUGGAAUUGGAAAGGAUCUAAUAAAACAAUUCACACCACACUGUAAAUGACUGAUAACACUGUGUUCACCCCUCUCAAGGGGUAUUUCCAUUUUAACAGGGAACAAUCCCUGAACCCAAAGGAAUGAAUCCCUAAUGGUGGAGUUUCAGGCAUCAGUGACAGGCUGAACCCGGACUCCCAGGGCCAGUGCUUACACCUGACAAACGAUGGCCUGAGCUAUGAGCAAAGAGGACUAUAUGAACACUUCAGUGCAAGAGCCCCCUCUUGACUACUCCUUCCGAAGCAUCCAUGUGAUCCAAGAUCUGGCAAGCGAGGAACCAAGAACAGGGCUACGACCACUAAGGCACUCAAAGUCAGGGAAGUCACUGACCCAGUCCCUGUGGCUGAACAACAAUGUCCUCAAUGACCUGAAAGAUUUCAGCCAUGUGGUUUCACUGCUUCUGGAGCAUCCAGAGAACUUGGCCUGGAUCGAUCUAUCCUUCAACGACCUGACUUCAAUUGACCCUGUCCUGACAACUUUCUUCAACCUCAGUGUCCUCUAUCUCCAUGGCAACAGCAUCCAGCGCCUGGGAGAAGUGAACAAGCUGGCUGUCCUCCCUCGACUCCGGAGCCUGACACUCCAUGGGAACCCCAUAGAGGAAGAGAAGGGGUAUAGGCAAUAUGUGCUGUGCACCCUGCCCCGUAUCACCACAUUUGACUUCAGCGGGGUCACCAAGGCAGACCGCACCACAGCUGAAGUGUGGAAGCGCAUGAACAUCAAGCCCAAGAAGUUCCGGAUCAAGCAGAAUGCACUCUGAGGUCCUCAGGCCCCAGCAGUCCUGAGAGGAUGGUCAGUUUGGUUUAACAAUAAACGAUUUGAGCAGUUGA